GGGUUUCCCAAACAAUCUGCCAACUCCUGUAUUAGAUCAGGCGGCUUGCGUCCUUCUGUGUCCGCAUGUGUACGAGUCAGCACCUAUCUUAUCUACUCCGCAAGAUGCCGCUGAAUCCUCUCGUCGGGCAUCCAAGGGAGGGUGGAAUUCGCUCACCUCUUUGUCUCAUCCAAAACUCCCCCCUGGGGCGUGCGGCUUUUGCACGCUAUUGCUUCAAGACAUGUCGGCCCUUCGGCACUUGUUCGAGAAUAUGUCUGAGAUAAAAAAGAGUUCUAAGGAAUUCGUUCAUUCCCAUCUCGUUCUGAUAAUAUGGUCAUAUGGGGUUGUUGGGUUUGCUUAGCACUGUGUUUAAUCCGAGCUAAAUAGUUAGCUUGUUCUGUUGUUUAAUGCGGUAUUUUCUGAAUUAGGGGCUGGGGGGUUUUGUUGGUGAAAUAGCAUAAUCAUCAAUUGUCUCGUGGCAUUGGCAAGUCAAGAUUAGACACCUCUCUCAGACUGCAGCGGCCAUGUCCACCACCAAGGUUUACGUUGUUUACUAUUCCUUGUAUGGGCAUGUGGAGAUUAUGGCACGGGAGGUGUUCCGAGGAGCUAAUACGGUUCAGGGAGUUGAGGUAACGCUUUGGCAGGUGCCCGAGACACUCCCAGAGCUGGUACUGGAAAAGAUGAAGGCUCCUUCUAAAGCAGAUGAUGUGGCAGAAAUCAAGCCAGAACAACUUGCAGAUGCUGAUGGCUUUCUCUUUGGGUUUCCUUCUCGUUUCGGAAUGAUGCCUGCCCAAUUCAAGGCCUUCUUUGAUGCCACCCAUGAGCUAUGGGCAUCUCAAGCACUUGCUGGCAAACCUGCUGGGAUUUUCUGGAGUACUGGUUUCCAUGGGGGAGGCCAGGAGAACUCGGCAUUAACUGCUGUAACACAGUUAGCACAUCAUGGCAUGAUUUUUGUACCUCUUGGAUACACCUUCGGCAGUGGCAUGUUUGAGAUGAAUGAGGUAAAGGGUGGAUCUUCAUAUGGUGCUGGAACUUAUGCAGGAGAUAAAUCUCGGCAGCCCACGGAGCUAGAACUCCAACAAGCCUUUUAUCAAGGUAAAUAUGUCGCUGAAAUAGCAAAAAAGCUAAAAAAUUAGCACUUUCCAGCUUAUGGCAUAAAGACAAAAGAUGAUCUGUUCAUCUGCCAUGAAUUGUGUGAUCCAAACUAGCAUUGAUCCAUUAUAUAAAUGAAUAUGAUAUGUAUUGUAAUUUUCAUUUUCCCAUUCAA